AUGACUCGGUUUUGGUGGGGUGAUGGAACAGACAAAAGGAAAAUCCACUGGAUGAGUUGGGAGAAAAUGGUGGAGAAGAAACCUGUAGGAGGACUUGGCUUCAGGGACGUCUCUUGCUUUAAUUUGGCCAUGCUGGCGAAAUUUGGUUGGCGAUUAUUAAUGGAUGGAGCCUCGUACUUUGUAGCUCGAGUUCUAAAAGCCGGAUAUUAUCCCAACACUACGUUCCUUUCAGCAGAGUGUAGUGCUAAUCCGUUGUGGGCUUGGUGCAGUGUAUUAGCGGGCCGUAUUAUUCUCCAGAAUGGGAUUCGAUGGAGGGUAGGAAAUGGAACGAGUAUCAAAGUGGCUUUGGAUCCUUGGCUUUCUCGGACGGGAUCUUUCAAGCCGAGAAGGGUGGCUCCUAUGGGGGAGGACCUUUUGGUUAGUGAUCUAAUUGAUGAACAUUCCCACAGAUGGUGA